CCCAGCACGCGCAUACCAACCUGCCACGGCCUGCAGGUCCAGCACUCGGCAGCGCUGUCUUUCGUGCCUCCCGAUCAUCCGGCACGCGACCGACUCGGCAUUCUGCCCAUCGGCAUGACCUUCACGCCAUCCACACCGUACGAGUCAAGCUCCCGCUAGGCCUCUAGAUCUGCGAGCGGCCUCGGUGUAUUGUGUACAAGAGAGCUGCACUUCGCUCCCAUUGCCACCAACGAUGCCCGACGAGGCGCUCAUCACGGAUUUGUGCAGCAUUUGCUAUGAGAACAAGCCAAAGUAUCGAUGUCCGAGAUGUCAGACCAAGACGUGCUCUCUACCGUGCACGCAGAAGCACAAGCAACGAGCUUCCUGUAAUGGCGUGAGAAAUCCAGCCGAGUACAUCAAGAGGUCACAAUUAGCCACUCCAGUCGGCAUCGAUCGCGAUUACAAUUACCUUAAGAGUGUCGAGCGAAGUAUCGAUGUUGCAAAUCGUGACUCCGAGGUCCGUGGCGUGGAUGUGGUGGAGAGGGCUGCCACAAGAUCGAUAGCACGUGCGCGGCAUCCCGAGAGCAAUCUAAGCAAGUAUCUCGAUGAAAACCGCAUCGAGGUCCAAAAUGCACCAGAAGGCAUGAGUCGGCGGAAGGCCAACCAGACGCGGUCCACAAAGCGGCAUCAGAUCAUGUGGACAGUAGAAUGGGUGGAUGCCGAAGGUCAAAAGCAGAUCUCAGACAGCUGUCCAGCCAGCAGCAGCAUAAAAGAGCUCUACUCUCACAAGCAGCUUGAGGACGGCAAUGCUCUGAAGCGAAAACCUGGAGAACAUGCCAAAGAAGCUCAGAAGCGUAGGCGCAAGGAACGACAGGCUGAAUCACAACUUCAACAGGAGAAAUCGGACCAGGAUGCUUCAACGACAGUAGCCACAGAAGCUGAUGCAAAGGUCGAGGACCCUUCAUCUGACGUGCAUGCCAACUCAGACUCAGCCGAGACAGAGCUCGCAGCCACCCAAAUCUCGCAAACCGCGCCGAACAGCAACGAGGAAGGGCCAGAUCACCAAGAAGAGGGCACCGAUGUUUCUCAACAUUUCUAUCUCCUACGCACAGGCACGAACGCCAAACAAAAGGUUCUCAUCCCACUCAGCAGAAAGGCAACACUCACAAGCUGCCUCCAAGAUCGCACUGUGAUGGAGUUCCCUACGAUCUACAUCCUACCGUACGCCCCGGAUUCAUUGCCGAAAGAGUACCUACUAGAAGAGUCAUAUCUCAAGCUUCAAAAGAGCGAGCGGCAGGAGUUGAGAGACGCGAUAGCGAAGGCCGAGAAGAAGGGUGUCUUCGAGCAUGUCUCAAGAGCUGAGAGGGCGGCGAGGAACGCUCCGACUAUGGAUGCGAAUAGCAUUCUGAAUGUGCUGAAGCGAGAUUUGACGAGAUGAUGUCUUGUAUAUAUGUAAAUCACAAGAACCUCUGCAUCGGAACGGCCUUGUCGAAUAUUUCAGAUGGCACUGCACACUGCAGAGAAGUCUCAAAUCUCUCCCUGAUCUAUGCCACAGCCAUUCACCUCAGUC